AUGACUCACUCUCUGAGCUGGCGAGCCUUCGUGGCUAUUACCCUGACUGUUUCAGCUUCUGCAUAUCCCCAUCAAACAUACCCAAACCUCGUCCCACGUGCCGGAUGCCCCAUCCCUGACAUCUGCACCUGGGGUAGUUGCACCAACACCACUAUUGGUCUUGAUCCCCGAAACUGUGGAAAGUUCGGGAACUCUUGUGAACCUUCAGAGAUCUGCAUUGCCGGCCAAUGUCUCCCGCUUGAUCUCGGUACAGACGAUUGUCCUACCGCAUGCAAGCCUGGUCAAUUGUGCACCAACGGCGAGUGUGUCUCCAUCGAGAUCGCAGUCGAUCCUCUUCGAUGUGGAGAGGAAUCCUGUGAUCCUUCAUCUCUCUGUAUCAACGAACAAUGCCAAAAACUCGAAAUCGGCUCAGAUCCCACGUCAUGUGGUCCUUCUAAUACGAUAUGCGACGCCGGAAGCUGGUGUCUGUACGAUACCUGUAUUCCUUUCAUCCUCGGUACCAACGUUCAAGCCUGCGAUGAGAAAACUUCAUGUUCUCUUGGUACAUCUUGCCAAGACGGAUACUGUCGACAAGUUUUCCUUUCGACCAAUAUAAAUAGCUGCGGAGAUGCUUCGCAGAAAUGCACUGCCGGUCAAGUCUGCGUCUCUGGGGAAUGCCAGUCCCUUGAUGACGAAGAUAUCAGUCAGGACUGCGAUGGGCUCUGCAAGCCUGGCUCUUGGUGCUUGGCUGGUGAAUGCGUGCCGAUUAGUUUCUCGACAGAUACUUCUCAGUGUGGCAGUAGCCCUGAACCAUGUGGCAAGGGACAAGUAUGCGUCUCAGGGCAGUGCAUCAACAACCUGGUUCAUCAGGAAAGCAUCCCCAGGACGGCUUGUAGUCUUUCUAUGCGUCCAGGGGGAUUUGUUUCUGGGCCAGGAGGAUCUUCAGACCAGAACAACAACGGAGGCGGUCGAGAGGGUUCUACCAAUGACGCCGCUUCGGGACAAGGGGGAGGCCAGCAAGGAGGAGACUCUACCUCGAACAACAACGGUUCUGGCAGCUUUCCUGGUGACGCUUCAGGCGGAGGUGGUCAGAAUCAAGGCGGCCAAGGCGGUGACCAGGGCGGCUUCCCGGGCUCACGUCCAAGUUCCAACUCUGGCUCUGGUAACAACCAGGGUGGCACCGAUAACUUUGGCGUUGGUCGUCCAGGUCCAGGCGAGGAUGGUAAGGGAUAUCCAUCUUCUGUGUGCGAGCCAGAGUGCGCAUCAAACUUCAUCUGCGUUAACGGAGAAUGCCUUUCGGUUUCGGACCCCUUAUCCUGCGGACCCUCCACCAACCUCAAUCGCCUAUUCCAUCGGCAAAACGCUGUAUGUCCACCAGGUUAUGCCUGUAUCGACGACCGCUGCGUUCGAGUAGAUGGACCUAUUAGCUGCGGUGGCUCUAUCUGCCCGGCCAACUAUGCCUGUAUCCAGGAAGCGUGCGUCCCUCUUGGAGAUCCCACCGACUGCGGUGGUGAGACGUGUGCCAGUGAUGAGAUCUGCUUGGGUAAUACCUGUGUAUCGAACCCGGCAUUGGCUAGCUGUGUUGGUGUCGUUUGCCCUCCCGGACAGGUAUGCCAGAACGGAGACUGUGUCGCCGCCGGUGGCUCCCCUGGUGCAAACGGCAAUCCUCAGGGUAAUGGCGGUAGACCCGGCGGUGGCUCUGGGAACGGCGGUUCUAAUGGAGGAGACAACGGUGAAGGUACUGGAGGAUCCGGCAACGGUGGAUCCGGUGGCGGUUCCAACGGAGGAGGCAACGGAGGAGGCAACGGAGGAGGCAACGGUGCCUCUCCUGGCGAUGGCUCAGGCAAUGGAGGAUCUGGCAAUGGAGGUUCUGGCAAUGGAGGCUCCGGCAACGGUGGCAGUGGCGGUGGAUCCAAUGGGGGAUCACCAGGCGGCAACGGUGGUUCUCCAGGUAAUGGCUCCGACGGACCAGACAGCGGCAACCCGGAAGGGAACGGUGGCCGCCCUGGUCCGGAUCUUGGUGGCGACGGCUCUUCUACUGGCAACGGUGGAGGAAAUGGCGGUGGUGCUGUAACCUCACCACCCGCAGGUACCGCUACCCGCUCGGGAGCUGGUAAUCUCCCAGGUUCGACAGCAGCCAGUGCCGACGCUAGUGACGACGCGCCUAUCGUCAACCCUGGCCCUGGCACGACUGGCACAGACGGACUCUCAGCUUCAACUACCAGCAUUCGAGGUCGCCCUGAUGGCAAUGGAGGAUCAUCCGCUUCAGGUGACGGUGGUGGCGAUUCUCCUACCUUAGCCUCGACUGGAGCGGCGGAGACCGGUGCUGCUACAUCUGAUGCAGGACCUAUCGUGGACCCUGGAUCUGAUUCAACAGACCUUUCGGGUGCCAGCACGAGAGUAACAGGUGGUGCAGAAGGCGGCGGAGGCUCUGAGAUUACGCUCAGCGGAACUGCUUUGCCCACUGACACCAGCGGGGAGUCUCCUACCGACGGCGGUAGCUCCGCGGCCGGAGGUGUCGGUACCGAUACGACAGACAUUGACAACCCCGGUGCACCUAGUACCGACGGAAGUGGUAUUUCGGCUUCUGAGACUGGUGCCACUGGUACCGAUGUCGAUGGACAGACAGAGACAGCCUCCACUACUCAAGCCGCAACGGCUGCGCCAACGCAAACUACACCAUGCUCCACAGACGAUGAUUGCCUUCUCAAUGUCGCUCUCUGCGUUUUCAAUGGCCUCAAUAUCUGUACUUGCGUAGACGGAGUCUGCGGGCAGCAGCCCGGAGGUCCUGAAGGUACAGGAGUCACCGGCUCUGACCUCGGAACCUCAACAGGAGGUAAUGGAGAGCCAACUGAUAGUGCUGGGUCGACAGUCACAGAUGGCAAUGGAGAGACAACUACAGCAACAACCGGAGAUCCAGCUGCAACAUCGGCAGUAUCGUGUUCGACAGACGCUGACUGUUUAGCCGACCUCGGCCUCUGUGUCGAUGGCUUGAUCAACCUAUGCAUCUGCGUUGAUUCCAUUUGUAUUCUCGAUCCUACGCUAGCUUCGACCACAGAUGCCAACAACGGACAGACGACCACCGUCCAGGAUGCUACUACCACUGACGCAGAAGCAGCCGCAACGUCGUCAGCUGUCGCCUGUACUACAGACGCUGACUGUUUAGCCGAUCUUGGCCUCUGCGUCGAUGGCCUCAUUAAUCUAUGCAUCUGCGUAGACGCCAUCUGCAUCGUUGAUCCAGCGUUAGCCACGACAUCUGGUCUUGAGAAUGGACAGACGACUACAGGCGCUGGUGCUACGACCACAGAGGAAGCACCAGCAGCGACGUCGUCAGCAGUGGCCUGUGCUUCAGAUGAUGACUGCUUGGUUGAUGUUGGCCUUUGCGUGGACGGUCUACUCAAUCUAUGCGUUUGCGUAGACGCUGUCUGCAUUCUUGACCCAGCGUUAGCCACUACUACCGCCGAUGGUACAGUCACAGCGACACAGCCAGCUCCAACAGAGACAACUGCCGUUGCUUGCACCACAUCCGAUGACUGCAGUGUCAAUGUUGACCUCUGCAUCAUUGGAGGGCUCAAUCUUUGUGUCUGCCUCAACGGAGUCUGCGUUGCCGACCCGAACGGUGAGGAAACAACCGCUGCGAACCCUACUGCGACGAACACUGGACCAGGAGCUACUUCAACUGCAGUAGCAUGCUCUACAGCUGAUGACUGCGCUGUCGAUGCGGACCUAUGCCUUGACGGAUUGAUCAACCUUUGCGUCUGUCUCAAUGCCGUCUGCGUUAAUCCUGGAGGAGGCAACGAUCAGACAACCACAGAGACGGGCGCGGGAUCAGGACCUACCACAGCACCGGUGUCCUGCUCUACGGCUGAUGACUGUGUAGCUGAUGCUGAUCUAUGCUUAGACGGUCUGCUGAACCUUUGUGUCUGCCUCAACGCUGUCUGCGUCGUAGCAAACCCUGGGGGUGAUCCGACUGAAACAACUGAGCUGCCACCUGCAAACACUAGAACUCCAUGCGCCACAAACGGUGACUGCACAGCUAACGCGGCACUCUGUCUAGACGGGUUGAUCAAUAUUUGCGUUUGCCUCGAAGGUUUAUGUAUCAUCAACCCUGUUGUGAAUCCCACAGAAACGACCGCUCCUGCACCAACAGAGACUGCUACAACUUCGUGCAACACCGCCGAUGACUGUACCGCGAAUGCUGGUCUUUGCUUAGACGGGCUUCUGAACCUUUGCCUCUGUGUCAACGCAGUUUGUAUACGAUCACCAGGUGGCGGUGGUAACAAUGGCGACCCCUGCACUGACGACCCUGACUGUACUGCUGCUGGAGCUGUAUGCCUCGAGAGUGGUGUUUGUGGACCUGACCCAGGAAACACACCAACUUCCUGUACUACAGCCGACGACUGCACUGCCAACGCUGCUCUCUGUUUGGAUGGUCUGCUGAACCUCUGCGUUUGUCUCAAUGCGGUCUGCGUACAGGCUGGCAACGGCGGCGGGGACGAGCGGCGUCUGCGGACCUGA